UAUUAUUAAAAGAAUAUGAAGUUGGCUAUAGUCCUGCUCUCUAUCUUCCUCCUUAGCAUCACGGCUUUCAACACAUCGCCUGAUACUAAAUACGAUUGGGAAGACCACACCGAUGGCGAAGACCUUGCCAUAAGUCUUUCGAAUGAACCUGCAAUAAUUUUCGCAGUCUUCUUCUUCAAAAAGAUUGAUGGAAAUGAUGACCUUGAUAAGGCUAAUGACUCCCUCAGGAAUCUUUUGACUAAUGAUUUGAAAGAUCAUAAUGAAGUAAUUUACACUGAAGUCGACCUCUCCGACGAAGCUCCUCAAUUGGAGUCAUAUCAAAAAUUAGCAAAAGAUGAUAUGGGUAUCGACCUCACUCUUCUUGAGAAGGGCCCUAUUAUUGCAGUUAUGAACAGAGGUGAUGGAUCUUGGAUUCAUGGCCAAGGAAAGCCAGUCUCCGAUGAUCCAGCCUGGGGCCCAGGUAGAGAUUCCUUUGAGGAAGUCCUCGACUCCAUCGAGAUCUUUAUUGAUGAAGCUAGAGACAGAAAGCAAGGUGGUACCGGAGUUGUCAGAGAUAGCAGAUAUUCCAAGAGAAGUGGAGAAAUCACUCUUGGUAACUAAAGAGCUUCUAUAUAAUUGCUAAAGAAAAUAA